GAGCUCCGGGAGCCGGCGCCGGGCGGAGCGCGCUGAGUGUGACACGGCUGGCUGGGCCCGGAAGGAGCGGGGCGGGGACCGAGGCCGAGGCCACUGAGGGUCCGUGUCGGUGCCGGGCGGAGCGGGCAGUGGGGCGGCCUGGAUCUCAGGUGCUUCACCAGCGGACCCCUUCAGAUUCGGAUAUGUCCUUCAUAUUUGAUUGGAUUUACAGUGGUUUCAGUAGUGUACUGCAGUUUUUAGGACUGUAUAAGAAAUCUGGUAAACUAGUAUUUCUUGGAUUGGACAAUGCUGGAAAAACUACACUGCUGCACAUGCUCAAAGAUGACAGACUGGGACAACAUGUCCCUACAUUACAUCCCACCUCAGAAGAGCUGACAAUUGCUGGUAUGACUUUUACCACUUUUGAUCUGGGUGGACAUGCUCAAGCUCGCAGAGUGUGGAAAAAUUAUCUGCCUGCCAUCAAUGGCAUUGUGUUUCUGGUGGACUGUGCUGAUCAUGAAAGAUUGACUGAAUCAAAAGAGGAACUUGAUUCGCUAAUGACAGAUGAAACUGUUGCAAAUGUGCCUAUCCUAAUUCUUGGUAACAAGAUUGACAGACCUGAAGCCAUCAGUGAAGAGAGGUUACGAGAGAUGUUUGGUUUGUAUGGCCAAACAACAGGAAAGGGCAAUGUAUCUCUGAAAGAAUUGAAUGCCAGACCACUGGAAGUCUUUAUGUGCAGCGUGCUAAAGAGACAAGGCUAUGGAGAAGGAUUCCGUUGGAUGGCACAAUACAUUGAUUAACACCAAAAUCACAUCAGUUCAUUCUGUCCUAUGUCUGAAUAUGAAGUCUGCUCAUUAUUUGAUCACUCAGUGUACAUAACUUAAACUCAGUAGACUGUUUGGUUACAAAAGCAAAUGUUUUUUAGAUUAUUAAAUCAACUAUGCUAAACUGCAAGUCUGAGGAUUGAAAACUGAUUUUAAGCAAGUUUGUAAGACUGAAUAUCACAACAUGUUAGCUUUCAAAUUCCGUAACACAACAUUCUUUUGAAAUUUAUAACUUGACAAUAGUCUCCUGCACCAUUUUUUGACAGAGUGACUUUCCAGUACGGUACGUUUGAACGCACUUUUUAACAGCUAAAAACUUGAGCCAUGUGAACGACAUUUAAUGCUCAUCAUGUUAAAUUUUUUAUGUACUUUUUUGAAACUGGUUUUAUAAAUUUAGAACAUAUAACCACCUCUCAAGGAACAAUAAAUAAUUAGCUUAUUGAUAAUUGCAUGAUGCCUUACAGCUUUCAAUAAUACACUUUAUUAUGCAACGUCAUGCAAUAAAACUAAAUCCAGUUUUUGGCAUCUUAGAUGGGAAAUGUUUCAUUUUAAUGUGUCUUAACUAGUGAGGAUGUCUGAAGAUCUGAAUAUGUGGGAUAUCUUCCUGAAACAUAGGAGGCACAAGGUAGUUUCAGUGAACUUUAGAGAAUUAUAAGCUUUUCAAACUACCUGACUGCAUUUCUGUUAGGAUUUUGCAUUAAUGGCGGCACAAUCUAAUCAGAUGCCCCAUAACCACUAAUCUGUAAUUAAAAAAAAAAAUUCACAUUAAAUUAAUCAAUUAGUGCCUACACAAUUCUUGCACUAAAAGCAAAAGUUAGCCCAUUUUAUUGGUCUCAUGAAUUAAAAUGAACUUGUAAACUGGCACAGGAAGUUCACGUUUCCUUGAAGAAAUGAGAAAAAAAAAUUGCAUGAAAUAAUAUACUCCUAGUUAAAUAGACUUUAGUUGUGCCAGAGGAGUUGAUUCUGAAUAACUGUUAAUUCCCAGAAAGGCGUUUGCCCAUGUUACCUUUGGAAACUCAUGCCAUCCCUCGCACAACUGGAUGUGAGGUUAGCCUCUAUUUCUUCUUUUCAAGGAUUUUUUUGGACAGUUUUGCCAUGAUGGAAAACUGUAUGUUAUGCCUUGGAAUCUGAGGUGGCUUAUUACUGGGAUAAAGUUUUAGUAUCACAAAGACUUGUGUGCUGACAUUUGAUUGUUCCUUUUCCCCUUCCUCUGCAUGCAUUACUUCUUUGGGAAGGAAUGAAGAUUAUCUUCUAAGAUGGAAAGUGUUGGAGCACAUGUUAACUUGUUGUUGUUAGUUGGUACUUACUUUUGAAUCGUGGUUUGUGUUUGGGUGGUGGUAGGAUGUCACAUUCUGUAGCCUUUAUCUGAGCCUAUUUACAGCUGGUGUGCUGUUAUUUUACAUAUAUCUGAAAAAAGGGAUGGAAUAGAUUUCAAACCUGGAGUCGUCUUUUUGUGAUGUUGUUCAGUGGAGGUUUUGCCGAAGAGACUAAGGACAGAUGUACGGUUCUUAGUGUUUAAGGAUGAUUUCCCGGAAAGGUUGGGACUGCUUCCCUCAUGGCUAUAUAACCUCUCUCUUUGGGAAUAUAUGUGGAUCUUGGUGUCCAAUAUUCCUGGUAUGUUGAUAAUGUGUGUCUGGAAUUCAUUGUUUUCUUCUUGUCCCAUUGGGUUUGACUUCCAGAUGCAGGGUAUACAAGAUCACAGUGAAUAGAUGUGAGCUACCCUUUCCCCUGAUCUGAACUUGAAUGAUAGAAUAUUGAUAAACAUAUCUCCACAGUCCUGAAUUAUGCAUCUGAAUAAGAGGAAUAAUUCAGAACCUUGAAGUUAAUGUUUAUAACUCACGUUUGCUAUUCUGCAGAUCCUGUCUUCAUAUUAAGCCUUUUUCUAAGUCAAAGUCAUUUGUGGGUGGUGAGGUCUAAGCAGUAAGUGAAGGCAACAGGUAGCUUAAAUGUUUCAGAUAUAAUGCAACCUAAAAGUGACUCAAAUGUUGGUGACCCCCGAAAAAUUAUCUAUCUACUAUAGAAUACUGUGUCUGGGUUGCAUAAACCAAACUUUUUAGGUAAGAAAUAGCCUCUUAUCAGAGUUAGGGCAUCAUGCAGGUCCUACCAGAGAUAUAUUUUGAAGACAUGUUUUUUUUUCAGAUAUUUCUGAUGGUCAUUAUGAUGCUGAGAAUAACUAAAUCAACUGAUAGUGUAAAUAUUAAAAAUAAUUCUUGCAGCUAGGUGGCACAAUGCUCAUAUGGGAGACUUGGGAUUCUUGUUGCCUGUACUUAUGGAAAUGAAAGUGGGAAUGGAGAUGACCUGUUUUUCCCCCUCCUCAGAAUAGGCCAUGCUUGCAGUUCACUUCUGCUGGCUAAUCCAUUAGGGUGGGCAUUGAAACAGAUGUUGUGUGCUCUUCAGCUGGUAUUCCAAGCAACUUGUGACAGUGGCAGCAAGGAACGUGGUGGUAGUGUUUAGAAUAAAAACGGAGGUGAUAAUCUUAAAGUGUGUAUUAAGAGUAAUUUUUAGUGUUUUGGAAAUAUGCAGAUUUCAUGCUUGAUACUAUAAGAUGCUCGUUUAAAAAGCGGUUAUAACAAGGGCGUGCAAUAAAUUGUAUCUAUACAUCUUGGUACUUAGAUGGCCCCUAUCAUGGUAGUAUCUGAGCAUCUCUCAAGUAUUUAAAUAAAGAAAUAACAAUUUCUCUCUCACUUCCUUUCCAGCCUGUAGGAGAAAUACCUUGAUUAAUUAAUUUAUAGGGUUUAUUUGGUAAUGAUUGUGUAUGUGAAUGCGUGUAUUGUGUGUCUAUGUGAAGAAAUUAUUGAAGGAAAGUGAAGUUACUGAAAUGAGUUUUGGCAUUUCUGGAGGUGACUAGUUUCUAAAGUGGUUCAUCUGUGGUCAUUUGUAUUUUUGUGGGAGUGGGUUUCAUUGUCUAGGUCCAGCUCCUGUGAAAGUUUUUUUUGCUCUCCUGAGUAUCCAGCUACGCAGCCUCCAGUUUAAACAUUACAGUAACUUAAAAAAUAUGUGCUGAAAAAACAAAGCUCAUCAUUAGUAAAGGUGUAUUUGUGAAAUGUCUCCAACCUAUUUUUAUACCACAACAGUUUCUUAGAGUAUGUGGACACAGACUCCAUAUAUUUCAGUAACUGCUGCUGAGAUUGUGACCUGUGCAUGGCAAUCACUUAAUAUUUCCACUUGUGAAUUGUUUAACAUUUAUUUUGCCUGGAUAGCGCUUAUGCUUUCAUUCUAGUAUACACUGGUAUAAUUGUAUCUCUAUCCUGGCCUGCUAAAUUAUUUUUUAGCACAAAUAAAUAAUAGAAUCAUAAAAGUUAGAGAUGGCAAAAGUCUAUUAAGUCAUCUAGUUCAUUCUCCUUCCAGUGCAGGAUUGUUCCCUAAAGUAUAUUGUCUAGUGCUAUACUUAGUGUUCAGGUAUUGUCCGUGAUGUGCCAAAGAUGACAUAUGGCAUCCAUUGGAAUAUAAUACCUGCAUGUUUGUGAGUUUUAAUAUUAUAUAUUUGCCAUAUUGUAUUUUAAUAAUCAGAGAUUAACAUAAGAUAUUUUACAUUUACUUAUUUAUGUCUUGAGCCAGCUCAGCAAAAUGUAAGGUGCUGUGUAUCUUCAACCCAAGUGAAUUUGCAGAUCUGCGUGUAGUGGGAAAUACUCCAACCUCUUCUCUUGUUACUGUACAUUCACAAAGGAUUUGCUUGGUACUCUCUAAAGUCCAAUAUUUCCACACAGUCCCACUUCCUUAGAUUUAGUGUAAAUAUAAGUCCCCAAUUAUGGACUUAUGGAGCUGCAUAAAAAUGGGAAGUCCACUGGCUCACUGUGGAAAGACUUAACUUCUUACUAACUUAUUUGCACUUAGAUAAACCACUUUUUUGCACUAGUAUCUCAGUGUAGAAUAAACUUUUUCUGUUAUGGAAUGUGAGUGCUGUAAAUGUUUAAAAAUAUAAUUUAUAUAAUGAACUUUCAGUUUAUGUAUUUCUGCAGAAGGAUAGUUAUAGAUUAAAAUGUUCUUGAACGGU